UAGACUGAGCCUCCAGAGCUCUGACUGCUUAGAGUGGAAUCCUCAACCUUUGCCUCAGAGUAUUAUGAGUUUUCUGAAUUCAGGGAUAAAGAGCCAGCUCUUGGAUUUACUCUCUUUUCAUUGCAUAUCAGAAACAACAGAACUGGAACGAGGAAACUCAUAGUUUUUUGCUUUUGUUUCUGCCCUUUUGACAUCAUAUAUGGCUACUGAUGGCAAUGUUCCUCAGGUUCCCUUGCGUCAGAAGACGAGAAAGAAAACUCAAGGUUUUUUCACCAUGAGUCGGAGGAGGAUAUCAUGCAAAGACCUGGGACAUGCUGACUGCCAAGGGUGGCUAUAUAAGAAAAAGGAAAAGGGAACUUUCCUCGGCAACAAAUGGAAAAAGUUCUGGGUGGUGCUGAAGGGAUCGUCACUGUAUUGGUAUAGCAAUCAAAUGGCAGAGAAAGCUGAUGGAUUUGUCAACCUGCCCGAUUUCACUGUGGAAAGAGCAUCUGAAUGCAAGAAAAAGCAUGCUUUUAGGAUCAGCCAUCCGCAGAUCAAGACCUUUUAUUUUGCAGCCGAGAAUACGCAGGAAAUGAGCGUGUGGUUAAACAAGCUUGGAUUAGCUGUAAUCCACCAUGAACCCACUACAAAGGAUGAUGAAUGCUACAGUGAGAGUGAACAGGAAGAUCCUGAAACGGCUGUAGAGACACCACCCCCUCCUUACUCUUCGGAGACUCUGUCUUCUUUGGCUGCACAGCAAGCAUCUUCAUCUUCACCCAAAUUGCGUAAAACAUCGUAUUCUUUCUCUUCUUUGGAAAAUACAAUAAAGACACCCAGCAGUUCGUCUUCCUCCUUACCUAAAGAAAGAAAGUCCUGGAUCGACAUAGUUGACAGUUUGUCUCCUGCUGAAGACGUGGGGCAAUCUAUAACAUUUGCUGUGCGGGUUCAUUCACCUGCACCCUCAGAGGCGAACAGUGGCAAGGCCCUGGAAAACAGCUCUGCCACAUCAGAAAGUGAAUUUUUUAACUCUUUAUCCAGUGAUGAUACUUCUUCACUGAGUAGCAACCUAGAUCAUCUAACUGUCCUGGACAAGCCUGCUGGAUCAAAGACGAUCGACAAAGAAGAAACAAAAGUGUCUGAAGAUGAAAUGGAGAAGCUCUACAAAUCAUUAGAGCAAGCUAGUCUAUCUCCUCUUGGGGACCGACGACCUUCCACCAGAAAGGAGUUGAGAAAGUCCUUUGUUAAGCGGUGCAAAAAUCCAUCCAUAAAUGAGAAACUCCACAAAAUCCGAACCUUGAAUAGCACAUUAAAGUGUAAAGAACAUGACCUGGCCAUGAUUAACCAGUUGCUGGAUGAUCCGAAGUUGACAGCCAGAAAAUACAGGGAGUGGAAGAACAUGAACACCCUGCUGAUCCAGGAUAUCUAUCAGCAGCAGACACCUACGUCUGCCCCUGAAGGCAACCCCGAGGGACUUGAGAAACCACCUUCUCCUGCCUAUGUUGAACAUUCUAUCUGAGAACAAGCCAGGAUUCUCUCCUGUUAUAUCUUACCCCAAGCAACUCUUCAAGAAGUUGCAAGACCUUGUAUUUUUCCUUAUAAAGGAAAACUGAAACCCAGUUUCUCCUGAAGCAUCAGCCCCCCCAUCUAAAGAUGCCGCUUAGGUGAGGACCAACUUCCAUACCAACAGGACUCCCCGUUCCUGUUGUAGAGCUUCCAUUGACUGGAGUGAUUGAGUCCAAUUGAACAGUUUUUGUCUUCCUACUGGGAGCUCUUGGUUAUGCUAAGCUCUAGGUGGGAUGGGAGAAAUCUAUCUUCUGUUCCUUACUCUCAAGAGAAUUACAACAUUCCAUGGACAAAAGGUCACUUUUGACCAGGCAUUACUAUUCACAGAAAUGUUCUGUUUUCCGGAAAGAAGAAUGUACAUAUUCCACCUGAUUGGGUAGCUGAGUUCUCCAAAUCAUUUUUUGGAUGGAGGAACGAUUUCUGUAGCAGGAACUGGAGCAGGACAAUUGUGGUAUUGUGGAACCAAAAUCCCUUGCCCUUGGUCCAGAACGGUGGUGCCUUUUCCAUGUGUUGAGAAAUAUUUUGUAGCAAGCGGUGUGUGGGAGAGCCCAAAGAGUAGGCGUGUUCUGUGUUCCACUCACUCAAAGGACAGCCUGAUAUUUUCACACUUUACCUAGGUUGGGGGAGGAUCUGAUUAAUGUUUUCUUUCCAUAGAAUAGCUAAAGGAAACCAUCUCAUUACAUUUGGAAACCUCUACUCCCUCCUAGCUUUUCUGGAGGAGAUAGUCAUGAGUCCAGCCAGGAAUGUGUGCUGCCUUUGGUUUUGGGCGUGGUGCGUAUGCACAGUAUAAAUUUAUGUCUGUGUUUCCCAGGACCAAAAUGAUGGACAAGAUGAUUCUGGUGUCUGAAUUGUUUUAAUAUCUUUACUCCAAAAAGAAAAAAACCAACAAAAACAACAAAAGAGUUAAAACAUGAUUGUUUUAUUUUUGUAUGUUUAUGUGUCAUUUUGUGUCCUAUGUGAAUAGCUAUGUAUAAUAUGUUUGUUAUUUAAGUAUAUUUAUAGAAGUUCAAAUUACUAGUUUUAAAAGAUGAUGUACUAUUAUAUGUUUUGCUCAGUAUAUAUUUCAAAGUAUAUACUUUUUGCUUGAGAAAAAUAGGAAUAAUAUUGAUUUGUUGGAGUUAUGUUGCACUAUAAUGUAUGAAGAAUGCUCAGGAAAUCUUGUGGGAUAAAUGUGGGGCAUGCAUUAAUAAUCUUGCAUUUUCUGGCCUCUCUCUUUUCUCUCUUUCUCUCUUUCAACCCAGAGAGCUUAGAUUUCUCUAUUUGUCAUAAGCCAGUCUCUUAACCAGAAAAGGACUUUCUUCUUAGGUUAUCCUUUCUAGUAAAUAAACUUUAAGCUUUAAGCCCUUUAUGCUCACAAACCCAAACCAAAUGAAGCACAACUAAUGUAGACUUUUGACUAAAGACUAAUAGAAAAUUUGGGGUUUGUUGUUAAAAAGAACUCAUUUUAUUAGAGAAACAAUAUGAAAGCCUUCACUUGCUCAUCACCAUGAAUAUUUCUCAACGUAAGGAUAACCACAACCCAUCAAAAACCCAUUUUGGCUUGACCUCUAGCAAAUCAUGAGCAUAACACAGUUUACUUUGUAGCAUCAAAGUGUGUGGCUUGACAUUCAAAUGGAAAUAACCCCCUGAAUUUUAUCUGCAAACUAAAUGGAAAUAGUUGUUGAGUAUUUUCCCAACCUUUAUUAAAAAGUCUUAAAACUUUAUAAACAAAAAACAACCUUAGCAUUAAGAAAGGGAAAAACAGGAAGCAAGUUGUAGUACUAGAAGCUUCUGUAAGAUAAGAGGCCGUGUCAGCCAGGUUGGCCCAGCAAACAUUCCUAUACCAAGUGGAAUGUGCUGGGCCACCCCACAGACUAUACAGAAGAGGGCACCUGACCCUCGGUGAGUCUACUGUUGACACUGCACCAAAGAGAAGUAACCAUUCAGGUCCUCAGCUUGGACCCUGAAGCUUCUGGUUUGAGAGGCCAAUGCUUUAAUCUCUUUACUCUGGAAAUUACCAUUGAUUCUUUCUGUAAUUAGCAUCUAUUAGAAGGUUGAUUGUUUAGGAUUCACAAUGUAAACAAAGUCAGUCGUUUUUCAAAGCCAAGUUAGUCUAGAAGUUUUCGCUUUGUUAGUUAAAGCAGUUACUUUGCAGAACCUCCCCAAAUGAAAGUUAAACUGAAUUGCACAAUUUUUUGCCCUGCUCUUCUAGACCAAACUUGCCUGCUCAUCAGUGUUUUCGCCUCUGGAAAUGCUUUCACUCUGUAUUAUGAGUUUCCACCUUCAGCUGUAAGAGGUGGGGGGUGGGGAGGGGUGAGAGUGGGAGACACUUUCCAUGACACUCAGUCUCUCUUGGCCUCAAGCCAUAUCUCCAAAGGCUAUUGAGAAAACUGGAUUACUUCCAGUUUAUUCCUGGGGAUUGGGCCAACUCUGAAAUGGAUUUGGGGUAGUUUCACGGCAUCUAAGGGGAGACUCCUAUGCCCAUUGCUGUAGCCAUGGGGUCUGAGGGCUGUGGAAUAACACAGAACCAUAGCUGCUCAGGAAGGAAGUGGAGAAUCUCUGAGCAUAACCAGGUCUAAACCUGCUGUGGAUUAGAAUCCCAAUUGAACUCCUCUUUGGGGUUGCAGGGAGGCCUGCUUCUGUCUAUUAUUAGCCUGUAGACUGUGGUGCCCGACAUGAUACCCUCACCAGCUGGUACAUGGCAGUACAUGCUGAAUCGUGUCCGGCACUUGAAGGGCAUCUGUUGCUUUUAAUAAUUCUUGGUUCUGCCACAAUCUCAGCUUAGCAUUAAAGGCCUAGAAAGAAUCUAAAGCAUACUAUUAUGAAGACUCCAGGAAGCCUGAGAAAGAGAUUGUGUUUGGAGUCAGAUUUCAAUGUGAAACUGAUGCCUUAUAUUCACCUAGCAUGUAGUUUGCAAAUUGGUAUGUUUCAGGCUUCUGCCUCCACCUCCCCAGUGAUCUUUGAGGGAUGAUUGUGGAUCAUCAUUCCUCCUUUUGAAGAGGGAAGAAACAAGCUCUGAGAAGCCAGGGGCCUGGGGAGAGCCCUAAGUGCUGCAGCCAGGACUUGAACUUGAGUCUUGCUCUUUCCUCUCCUUUCACCUUGCACAGUGGCUGUUGGGAGCCAGCAGUUUGACAUGGAGUGUGCAUGCCAUUGCUCUGAAAUGGGUACACGGCCAUGGUGGCUUCUGUGAAGUCAUCCACUGGAAACCUGAGCGAGCCUCUUUCCUUUGAGCACAGUCUCUUCCUCAUGGCCUGAAAGGUUACUGUCUCUCCUGUGGUGACCUGCUGCUGGGCUGACUGUGAGUUGGGGUUUAACCUAAUCACUCUGUGCUUUCUUUCCUUCCUUCCGUAAAGUAUACUGCUUGUUAGGUGCUGUGAGAUCUUUGGACCAAAGAGAUAUAUUUAAAGACAUGGAGUGCGUUAAUUUUGUUUUUCUUUCAAAGCAUGUCAGGAGAUGUCAGAGACCCAGCUUCGUGAGUAGAGGUUAGGCUCUUAACUUACUCUUAAUUUCUUCUCAUGUAAUUAUGAUAAUUUCCUCAGAUAGCCUUUAAAUCGCAAACAAUAUCAUAGAGAUGAAACAUAAAAAGAAAAUAUACUUUUAAGUCUUUUGAAGAGAAGUGACAUUGAGAGGUAGUAUUUUGAUAUAGCCACGCAGAAGAUUUAGUGAGUAAUUUAGGCACCGAGGGUGACCACCCGGAAGUCGCUAUAUAUUGAAGAGCUGCCACAUCUGAAUGAAGUUUUAGGGUGCAUUUGUUCUUCAGUCUAACAGAAUAUGAUAUUUGAUUGGGAUUUUCCAAUUUAUUUCCCUUCUAAUUUUUUUGUGUGCUUAUCUCAAGAGAAAUUGAGUUCUAGAAAUGCGAGGUGACUGCCCUGCCUGGGGUUUUGUAAUAUGUAAUUAAAAAGGAAAGCCCCUGAAACUAGAUCUUAACAACCCCUAUGAAAUGGCUUGGGGAGGGGGAAUAAUUCCACCUCUCACAGAAAGCCGCCCAUUUCAGUAAACAAGAUAUUGAACAGCUAUGUGGUUAUGUUAUGAGACAAGAAGCAAUUUCCUCGCCUCCUCUGCACAUCUUUACUCUUCCCCAUACACCGCAGACCACAGAGAAAACAUUAAAAAUGGAUUCUACAUUAAAAAAAAUAGUUCUUCCAUUUCUCUUGCUGUGAGGAGACUUAACUUGCUCUGUAUUGAUUUUUUUUUUUUUUACCUUUAGUCCAAUGAGGAAGCAUGCCCUGUGGAGAAGUUUAGCAUCCCAUAAUAAAACCCAGGAUUUUAACUCACCAUCACCACACAUUUUAAUGUCCUUGCAUGAUGGGGAUGUGACUUUUAGCACUGCAUGGUGUUUGGGGGCAAGACGUUAACGUGGAAGUGAUACCUUCAAUUUCAUUGUGUUUUCAUUAUCUGUCACCUACCUUCUUUGACUAAACUGAAAGAAGGGGCAUGGCUCAUUUCUCUUGCUUUAUGUUUUUGAGGUUGACUUGUAAGAAAAAAAUAAAAACAAGAGAGACUAUAUCUAGUAAAAUGACACGGAAAAAACUGGAAAUAUACUACUGGUGUUCAUUUUCUGCCCUGCAAUGUGCCUUCCUCAAAGAAAAAACUCCCUGGAAAGCAUUUGAUGGUUGGGCUUUUAUUGCUACAAAGGUUAUAGUGCCCUCUGGUGGCAGUCACAAAAAUAAUUGAUUCUAGACUGGAGAUGUAUUUAUUUUUAAAUAAAGGAUCUAAUUAUAUAGGGAAACCUAUUUUAACAAAAACUGACACAGUCUUCUCAAAUGGCCCUCAGUUUACAGAUUUAUUAGUAAAAAGAUAUUUAUAUUUUUCAAAAUGGUCGUGGGUCCACAACCUUCAACUUGUGCAUUAUAUUCCCCUUUCCAUGACUAGGUACCCAGAGUUUUUUUCGAGAAUGUUUUAAAUUAGCAGAUUAUAAAAGUUACGAACUGUGGCACGUAAGUUCCUUAAAACACAUGAGAUAUUUCUGUGAAAAAUAAACAAAGAUAAUA